AAAACAGGUCGAGGAAUUUGGAAAGUUACCCCUACAAAUGCAACUACUAAAUGAAACUUUUUAACCAGGGGAAACAAUCCAAGAAGAGUUUCUGAGAAUGAGUCUGAAUACUUGUUGGCUUUGCAAGAUAUUCAGAGCAGAAGAAAAUGGGAUCAGUUCUAAGGUGUCUUUGGACGAAGUGCUACAAUGGUCCCAGUCUUUUGAAAAGCUGAUAACAAGUAAAUAUGGGCCUAUGAUCUACAAGACCUACUUAAAGACAGAGCACAGCGAUGAAAAUAUAGAGUUCUGGCUUGCUUGCGAAGCUUAUAAGAAGAUCACAUCACAGAGGAAAAGGAUUUCCAUGGCCAGGAAACUUUUUACAAGUUACAUUGAACCCCAUGCUCCCAACGAGAUUAACAUUGACAGUCCUGCAAGGAAAACGAUUAUAAGGAAUAUUCAAGAGCCAACACAGUCCUGUUUUGAUGAAGCACAGAGAAUAAUUUACAUGCACAUGGAAAGAGAUUCUUAUCCAAGAUUUCUUGAAUCAAAGUUCUAUCAAAAACUCAAACGCAGCCUUCAAACUAAUGGCGAUAAUUCAAUGGUAAAUUAAAGAGGAAGGUUGAAAAUUUAGAAAGGUUUCUUCUGGCAUGUAAGUGUUCAAGAUUGAAAGUAGACAGGAGAAAUCAGACAGUAGACAAAUAUUAUUACAAAUCUGCUAAACGGUUCUGUUUGUUAGAAUUGAUGAGGCCCUAUCUUCCCCCUUCCCUUUCUUUUCCCAUGGAAGAGUUCU